AUGUCAGCUCCCGCACAGCAAGGUCCCAAGGUGCUCCUCACCGGCGUGUCGGGCUUUGUAGGCUCGCACGUCCUCGACCAGCUGCUCAAGUCGGACCGCAACUAUCACGUCACCUGCGUGAUCCGGUCCAAGGCCAAGACUGAGCCUUGGCUGUCGAGGCAGUUCGCCGAUGCCUUCGGCAGCCGCAUCGAUGUCGUCGAGGUGUCUGAUCUGCUCGCCUCUGGCUGUCUCGACCAAGCCGUCGAGGGCAAGGACUACAUCGUCCACGUCGCCUCGCCUUACGUCCUCACGGCCAAGAACAACAAGAAGGACAUCAUCGACCCGGCCGUCCACAUGACGCGCAACGUGCUCGAAGCCGCUCUCAAAGCCGAGAACAGGGCCAAAGCAGCUGGCGUCACACCUCAACUCAAACGCAUCGUCGUCACCUCGUCGUUUGCUGCCAUCCUCAACCCGCUCAAGGGCAUCGAGAAGCGCAACUAUACCUACACCGACAAGGACUGGCAGCCCAUCCAGUUCGCGUUCAUGGGCAUAUUCUACUCUCCCCUGGCCUACCUCAUUUCCAAGACCCUCGCCGAAAAGUCCGUGUGGACGUUCCUCGAGCAGCACAAACCGUCAUUCGACGCGGCGACCGUCAACCCGCCGCAGAUCUAUGGCCCGAUCAUUCACGAGGUCAAGUCCGAAGACGCCAUCAACACGUCUUCGGCCGAACCGUGGAAGCUGUACAAAGCCGGUGGACCCAAGGGAGACGGCAAGGUGCCCAAGGAGAGCCUUUGGUCAUUCUGCGACGUGCGGGAUGUCGCCCGUAUCCAUGUUGCCGCUCUCGACAACCCCAACGCGCACAACACGCGCUACCUUGCUUACGGCGGAAGCAUCUCGUGGCAAGAGGUGGCCGACGAGAUCCACGACAACCCGGAAUACCCACAGGAGCUGCGCGACCACAUCCCCAAGGGCAACCACGGCCAGAAAACCCGUCCAAACCCGCUGGCCAAGCUCGACACCAGCAGAGCCGAGAAGGACCUGGGCAUCCGGUUCCUCGACUGGAAGGAGUCCGUCAUCAAGGGCUCGCUCUAUAGCUUUGUCGAGAUCGAAAAGACUUGGUCCCAGCAGUAG